UAUAUAUAUGGCUUUAUAGCUCAGCUAGUAUAUGAUAAACUAGCUUUCAGCUCUAUCCUCUCUCUCAACACAAGCACAGUUUUAAGCCUCUUGAGCUCACCUCAUAUUUGUUCAUCCUGAAAAUUCUCAUCUACCAACAGAAAGUUUUUCAAUCCCAUACACGAAUACCCAUCGGACACGUGUCCACAAAAAGCACAACUGGGAGACCUAUUCUCCUUUCUUCUCUGAAGUUAUCAGACCUCCCAUGCACGUUUCAGGGAAGGAAACUAAACCCUAAUUUUCUUUUUAGUCAUAUAUAUAAUUGUUAGCUAUGAAAACAGAACUGAGAGGUACUAGAACAACACCCAUUUCAUUACAAAACCCUAGUCUCUUGAGUAGUGCUCAGAGCUCUCUAUCGGGUGCACUCAAAGGGUGUCUCGGCAGCCUUGACGGAGGGUGCAUAGAGAAGCUUCUACUCCACUGUGCAAGUGCCCUAGAGAGCAACGAUGUGACUCUAGCUCAACAAGUCAUGUGGGUUCUCAACAACGUGGCCUCUGCUGUCGGAGACCCUAACCAGAGGCUCACCUCAUGGUUUUUAAGGGCACUCAUCUCUAGAGCAUCUAGGGUUUGCCCUACAGCCAUGAAUUUUAAUGGAAGCAACACCCUUCUUCAGAGGAGGUUGAUGUCGGUCACUGAGCUUGCCGGGUAUGUUGACUUAAUCCCUUGGCAUAGGUUUGGGUUUUGUGCAUCAAACAGUGCCAUUUUUAAGGCAAUUGAAGGGUGUCCUAAAGUUCAUAUCUUAGAUUUUAGCAUCACUCACUGUAUGCAAUGGCCUACUCUCAUAGAUGCAUUGGGUAAGAGGGAGGGAGGACCGCCUUCGCUUCGAAUCUCGGUUCCUUCAUGGAGGCCUCAUGUUCCUCCCUUGCUCAAUGUGUCGAGUGAAGAAGUAGGUUUGCGCUUGGCAAAUUUCGCUAAGUUGAGGGAAGUUCUCUUUGAAUUCAAUGUUAUUGAAGAUCACACAUCCUCAUCUGAAGAAUCCUCUAGCUUUCACUAUGACUCAUUCUUAAGUAAACUCAAUCCAGCUACCUUAAAUCUUAGGGAUGAUGAAGUUUUGGUCAUCAAUUGCCAAAACUGGAUAAGGUAUUUGCCCGAUGAGCAACAAGGGUGUGCUCGCGACGCUUUUCUUGAAAUAAUUAAAGGGCUUAAUCCUCGCAUUAUCAUCAUAGUCGAUGAGGACUCCGAUUUAGGUGCAUCGAGUCUCACUUCAAGGAUUACUACUUGUUUCAAUUAUCUUUGGAUACCUUUUGAUGCCUUGGAAACUUUCUUGCCUAAGGAUAGUGCCCAAAGAAUAGAAUAUGAAGCUGAUAUUGGUCAUAAGAUUGAAAAUAUAAUCGGUUUUGAAGGGAUUCAAAGGAUAGAGAGGUUAGAAUCUGGAAUUAAGUUGUGUCAGAGGAUGAAAAACUCCUGUUUUUUAAGUGUUCCAUUUGAUGAAGAGACUGUUGGGGAAGUUAAGCUGUUGCUAGAUGAACAUGCCAGCGGUUGGGGAAUGAAGAAAGAUGAAGAUAUGUUGGUGCUUACAUGGAAAGGUCACAACACGGUGUAUGCCACAGCUUGGGCCCCUUGUGUGUUUGAGGAUUGAGUAUUUGUGUGGACUCAAGUCUCCUGAUGGAGCAAUUAUUCACCUUCACGGGCAGUGAUGUGGCCGUGCCACAAAUAGAUAUGGACCAUCCAUCCAUAUGGUCCCAUGGCGAUGAAUAAUUUUUGGUCUUGCAGGCAAAAUUAUGGCGUGUUUUUAAGGUAUUGGCCCAACAACUACAGAGUCAUACAUUUGUGUGAAACCUGUCAAUGAAUUCCAUAUAAAUAUGUGACUCUUGGGUUGUUGAGGCAAUACUGGGGAGCAUCAAAUGCCUUCUAGUGUUAAAGUGUACAUUAAGGGUCAAGAGAUCCUCCGUUACCAAAUUACUUUAUUUUUCUGUUUCAAUACAGUCGUAGUCAUAGAAUUAUGUAAGUAUCACAAGAUAUGAAUAUUUUAAAGUAUAAUUCAACAACGGUGGUGAGAAGAACAGAAAAUUUUUGAAGAUAUAGGCUUCGUUUGGGCCUACCAAUGGCAUGCAUGAGAUGGAUUAUUAAUAUUUGGCGGUGGUCCAGUUGAAGGGGAAGUGACAAAACAGUGUUGUUUUUUUGGGUUUUGUCAAAAGGCUGCAAUGGGUACAAGACAUGAUUCAAAAGGGCAGAGCUUUGUGAAUAAUUUUCAUGUCACCUUUGUAUUCGAGCUCUAGCAAAUUGUCACGUGAAAGGCAAAGAGAGAACUGUACACAUUGUCUCUGUAUAAAGAAAAAGCUAUCGCUUUGUUGUGCUUAUCAUCUUUUGCAGGCUUUGUUUUCAUGAAGUUCUUUAUGUUAACAACAAUUAUUCCCCAGCUA